AUGACGAAAAUUAAUAACGGGCCGCUUUUCACGGCAUUAUUAGUGUUUGUGGCUUCAACCGGCAUCACUUUUGCCGACGAUGACAAAUGGGUAUGGGGCAGAUCAAACGACCAAUCAAGGGCUGACUCGAGGAUCGGGUCCUCGUCCGACGAGGUGAUCCGAAUAGCUAAACCUCUAUUGCGCAAUCAGCCCAACCCAAAGCCCAGUCCGUUAUUCCAACCCGCCAAUAACCCGAGGCUGGACACCAAACAUUACAGGGAUGACUCCAUACGAAACGGGCGCUAUGAAGUCAACGAGGGUUAUGUACCGGACAGGGAACCUUUGUUGCAGCAACCAAUCCAUAUAUCUGAGACCUUUAGCAGCAGGCCAUUCGACAGACCGCCGCCGCCAAAUAACCUACCGCAAAGACCUUUGACAAACUUCCAAGCACCUUUGAGACCACAGCGACCGAAUGCCCUCAUCGAUUCCGUGCACGCGCCGUCUAGGAAACCCGUGCCCGCAGCCACCGAACCUGCUGGUUCUGCAGUCGGCAUACUCACUGGACCGGUGCCGUCGUGGCAACGACCGGCGGUCCACAAAAACGGCGAUCCAACGAAUUUUGAAAAGUGCAAAUGCUCGUUUUCUUUCAACUGUAAAUCUCCCGGGAUCAAGUUCGGAAGCUGCGAUGAAGGAAAACAAUACUGUUGCUACAACGAUUUUGAUGGUGCGAAUUCAGGAAGCCAAGAAGUAGACAAAUAUGGAGGAGAUCGAAGCGAACCCAUACCUUCCGUGUUAGUUGGUCCCGGUGGAAGUCACAGGCCUGGUUUGAAACCUGGCAUAUAUGGACAAGUUUCUAACAAAAAUGAACAUAUUGACCGACAAGAAUUUACUGGUAACAGUUUUCCAAAUGAACCAUCAUUCAACAGACGACCAAAUGAGUAUGGAAAUAAUCCUUUUAUUAUUCCAAGACAAUUGUAG